AUGUCAACCAAAGAAUAUGAUAUUGUUAUCAUUGGGGCAGGAAUCGCUGGAAUCAACGCCGCAUACCGUAUCCAAGCACUGCUUCCCCAACAUAGAUAUGUCAUCCUCGAAGCCCGCGAGACAGCUGGCGGCACAUGGGAUCUGUUCCGGUACCCUGGCGUCCGGCUUGACUCCGAUAUCCACACCUUUGGGUUUUCUUGGCACCCAUAUGACGGCGAUACAAACAUGAUGGAUGGAGACUCUGUGUUCAAUUACUUGAACGAAACAGCAAAGCAAUACGGAAUCGACAACCAUAUCCUAUUUAACCACCGAGUCAGACGCGCGGCAUGGUCUUCAGCAGACAAUCUGUGGAAUGUAACAUCCACGCAUCUGGAUAAAGAAGUUUGCAUCCGCGCAACGUACGUGUUUUUCGCCACGGGAUACUUUGACCAUCAAGAGCCAUUGCGCGCUCAGAUACCUGGCCUAGACGACUUUGGUGGGGUGAUCGUCCACCCACAGUUCUGGCCAGCGAAUCUCGAUUACUUGGGUAAAAGAAUCGCGGUUAUCGGCAGUGGGGCGACGGCGAUCUCACUUGUUCCCAAACUAGCAGAGACAGCGUUUACCGUAACAAUGGUCCAGCGCAGCGCGAAUUACAUCCUACCAAUCCCUUCACCUGGAGGCAACCGAUGGGCACGGUUUUUAUCUUCAACUUUACCCCAUAAGGUCAAGCGCUUCGCUUGGCUGGCGGUUACAUUAGUCGGCUAUUAUGCAUGCCGGAAGUUCCCCGGGGCCGCUAAAGACUAUCUCCUCGGCCUGGUCCAGAAACAACUCCCAAAACACAUCCAAGCAGAUCCACAUUUCACACCUGGGUAUAAUGUCUGGGAUCAACGGCUCUUGGCCUGUCCAGAUGGUGACUUUUUUGAGAGCCUUCAUCGCGGUAACGUCCGCAUCGAGACAGCGAAUAUCCAAACCUGUACUCCCAACAGCAUUGUUCUCGAUAACGGGAAAUCCAUCGAAGUGGAUCUUGUCAUAACAGCCACGGGCCACAAGCUUCAAUUCGGCGGUGGAUCCACUCUUGAAAUUGACGGCAAGGUUUGUGAUAUCUCCAAAAGAUGCCUGUGGAAUGGUAUGAUGCUCCAGGGCGUUCCCAAUGCGUUCUUUGCUCUCGGAUAUCUCACCAAUGCCUCGUGGACGAUGGGGGUAGAUGUCACGGCCUUGUCUGCCUGUCGACUGAUCAACUACAUGGCGAAGAGGGACAUCCUCGCGGCUAUGCCUCAUGCCAAGGGUCCGUUGGAUCCGACUGUCCGGCCCAUCUGGAAUUUGAAUUCAACGUACAUGGCGGUGGGUGGAGACAGUCUGCCGAAAUCGGGGAUCGUCAGUCCAUGGCAGCCGCGGACGAACUAUAUUGCCGAUUAUCUUCAAGCGAAGUAUUGGUCUUUUAGCGAUGGUUUAGAGUUCACUAGAGCCGCUUAA